AGGAAUAUGAACAGAAUUCAAUGACUGCUGAUGGACUGUUUUUUUUUCUUGGCAGGACUUUUUGAAGAUUCAUGGAGUGAAAGAAGAAACAGCUAAUGGCUUCAGAAUCUAUGCUCCCAGAGCAGGCAAAGCAACACGUGAGCAAGGGGAAGAGGCAGCAGCAGCAGCAGCCCAGAUCUUCCAGCAGCAAUGGUGAAGACGACAUCUUUGUAUUUGAAGCAAACGAGGCUUGGAAGGAUUUUCACAGCUCUCUUCUUCACUUCUUUGAAGCUGGCGAGCUCUGCGAUGUUACACUGAAGGUUGGUUCAAAGCUGAUCUCCUGCCACAAACUGGUGCUAGCUUGUGUUAUACCUUACUUCAGAGCCAUGUUCCUUUCAGAGAUGGCCGAAGCCAAGCAGACGCUGAUCGAGAUCAGGGACUUCGACGGGGACGCGGUGGAGGCGCUGGUGAAGUUCGUGUACUCCUCCCGGCUGACGCUGACGGUGGAGAACGUCCAGCCGCUCCUGUACGCCGCCUGCAUCCUGCAGGUGGAGCUGGUGGCAAAGGCGUGCUGCGAGUACAUGAAGCUGCACUUCCACCCCUCCAACUGCCUGGCGGUGAGGGCGUUUGCAGAGAGCCACAACCGCCUGGACCUGAUGGAGAUGGCCGACCAGUACGCCUGCGAGCACUUCCCGGCGGUGGUGGAGUGCGAAGACUUCGUCAGCGUGUCGCCACAGCACCUCCACAAACUCCUCUCCUCCAGUGACCUCAACAUUGAAAAUGAGAAGCAAGUUUACAGUGCUGCUAUUAAAUGGCUGCUUGCCAAUCCACAGCAUCAUGCCGCGUGGCUGGAUGAGAUACUUGCACAG